AUGGAAGGGAACCGUUAUGGGUUCUUCGCUGUCCAGAUUUGGGUGGAGCAGUUCUGGACGAACACUGAUGACAGGCUUGGAAUCGAUGCAGAUGACGAGUCGACCGCUUUCACGCUGAGCUAUGGCCUUGUGAUGGCCGUUGCAGCGGCGUUUCGCCACCUAGUCGCGAGCUUCGAUAAUUUUGUCAAGUCGCACCGACGUGCCCACUCCCUUACCGGAACGUACGUGCCCCAGGCGACCCUCGAUGUCUAUGCACAAUGGGUUUCCACUUGCGCUUCGUUGGUGGUCCAACCUGCUGCCUUGCCAUCUUCGGCCCACGACUGGGAGAAAUUGGCAAACGAGGUUAGAUCUCGCGAGCCCAGGUGCAGGUUGUAA